AGGAGCUAAGAGCCGAGGAGGCAGCAGGUGAAUCAUUUACAGAUCUCUACUUUUUACCGUCCCACCUGUUCAACAGUAAAUAAACUGAAACAUACUGGGAGCGGAAAUGUUCCCUUGUAUAUGACCGGCUCCGCUUUCCAAAUAGAAAUAAUAAUAUUAUCUCAGAGUGGACGAAAAGACGAAACCACGCCGCCGGAGCCUGGACUUAGCAGGUCAGUUGUUGUUACAGGAGGAACCUCAGAGUGGGAGCCAUGUUGUCGGCGGAGGAGAUUCUGUGCAACACGCAGCAGGUGAUUGCCGGGCUGGAGGCACUGAAAGGAGAGAACCGUGGCCUGCUUGAGAACCUGCAGGAGGCUAUUGAGAGCCUGCCAGUGCCUGAGAGUGGCAGCGUGGAGCAGGAGAAGAGUGACAUCAUCCGCCAGUCACUGGAGAGGAUAGAGCUGGGGCUGAGUGAGGCGCAGGUGAUGAUGGCGUUGUCAGCUCACCUGGGUUCACUGGAGGCGGAAAAACAGAAGCUGCGCGCUCAGGUGCGUCGUCUCUGUCAGGAGAACCAGUGGCUGAGGGACGAGCUGGCAGGUGCUCAGCAGCGGCUGCAGGACAGGGAGCAGGAGGUGGUCACCCUGGAGGAGCAGAAUAGACACUUGCAAUUCAUGUCCUCCAUACGCAAAUACGACCUGGAGGAGCCGCAGCUGGAUGACAAAGACACGUCUUCCACCAAGGAGUCUCUGGAUGACCUCUUUCCCACUGAGGACGAAGAACAGUCUCAGAUGUCCCAGCCUCACCACAGCAGUGCAGCAGCUGCGGCCCAGCAGGGCGGCUACGAGAUUCCUGCCCGCCUUCGAACACUGCACAACCUGGUCAUCCAGUAUGCAUCCCAGGGACGGUACGAAGUCGCUGUGCCACUUUGCAAACAGGCUUUGGAAGACCUGGAGAAGUCCUCAGGCCACACCCACCCAGAUGUUGCCACCAUGCUGAAUAUACUGGCGCUGGUGUACAGAGACCAGAACAAAUACAAAGAAGCAGCUAACCUGCUAAACGACGCAUUGGCAAUAAGAGAGAAAACUCUUGGAAUGGACCACCCGGCUGUGGCAGCAACGCUCAACAACCUGGCGGUGCUUUAUGGGAAAAGAGGAAAAUACAAGGAAGCAGAGCCGCUGUGUAAGAGAGCUCUGGAGAUCAGAGAAAAAGUUCUUGGUAUAGACCACCCAGAUGUUGCCAAGCAGCUGAACAACCUGGCUCUACUGUGUCAGAAUCAGGGGAAGUACCAGGAGGUGGAGCAGUAUUAUGAACGUGCUCUGCACAUCUACCAGAGCAAACUGGGACCAGACGAUGCCAAUGUGGCCAAGACAAAGAACAACCUGGCAUCAUGCUAUCUUAAGCAGGGGAAAUACAGACAAGCUGAGGCUCUUUACAAAGAGAUCCUGACCAGAGCACAUGAAAAGGAGUUUGGAUCUGUAGAAGGCGAUGGUCGUCCCAGUUGGUCCGGUGCUGAGGACGGUUGCUCCGGACAGGACGGACUCAGUAACCUGAAGCGCAGCGGCUCCUUCACCAAACUCAGAGAGUCGAUACGCAGAAGCAGUGAGAAACUGGUCCGCAAGCUGAGAGGAGUCGGAAUGGAGGAAGCAACCCCAAGGAAUGCUGGGAUGAAGAGGGCAAACUCUCUGAAUGUGCUGAAUGUUGGAGCCAGAGAGAGUCAGGACGGCACCCAGUCGAGCCGUUUGACAAAUGUCCGAGGCCUGAGCUCCAGCACGCAGAGCCUGACAAGACGAGGUUCACUCGGUGGUACCAGCUAACACACACACACACACACACACACACACACACACACACACUUCCAUACAGUACCACUCAACAGAUAACAGAUGUUGGCACAUUUAUUGCUCAUAUCAGAUGUCUCACACCAAAGUGGAUUCCCCACUUUCAGUCCCCUGAAGAAAAAAAUGGAGAUAGCUGUCACAACUGAAGACGAUGACGACAAAAGUCAAACAAAUUUCUUAAUCAUGACUAAUUUAAAAAACUAAUGUCAAACCAAUGUUUUCUUUGCCACCGAGGAAAUUUUACAGUACAAUAUAACAUGUUUGUCUCUGGUAAUGACAAAUGUGUCCAAAAAGUGUGGUCACAUUUCGACUCCACCUUCACAUAUCAGCAUUGCACUAAAACCUUUUCUUCCUGUUCACUUGAAGUUCAAUAUCAUUCCUUCCUGGUUUUGGAUUAGACACAAACUCAGCUUCCUGAUUUCAAGUUACCUAUAACCUUCAAAAUUAAAGAAAAAACAUAAUUUAGACCACCAACAUUUCACUGUAAGAAAAAGUUUUAUGGAAGUUUUACAUUUCUGUAUUUAAACCUGACCAUGUCAUUUGCAGGUUAACAAACAUUAACAAUAAUACAAUUAAUUUUACAUUGGACAUAUUAGGUGUUUCCUUUUAGGUACAUUUAUUAACGUCACUGAAAAACCUAUUAACUUUAUUUAUGUUUUUAAUCUUAGGCAUGUUGACAUAACAGAUUAUCUUUUAUAAAUCCUGUUGAGAAGCACAGGGAUGUGAAGUUGUUUGCACAAUGAUCAAAACGUGAUGUGUUUGUCAAAAAGUACAUGUUACAUUGGUUUUACGGGGGAGAAGUUAAGCUAUGAAGUUUAAAAUGUUGAAGAAGUUAUUUAAAUGUGUUUUGCCUUUACAACGUGCAGGUCAUUCCAAUUAUAUUGUUAAAGCUAAUGAAAAAACACAAAUGUUUACUUCAGCUGUUUUGCGCCACAGUCCAGUUUUGUCAUUCCAUAUUUUGAGAAUAAGGACCAACUGUUUUAAUUUAAAAAAGAAGAAGAAAAAAAACACCAGCUGUUCAAAAUUAACACACGUAUGUAUAUAUUUUUAAAGAUGGCUCUCCUAAAAGAUGGAUAUUUUUGCACAUUGUGAGUUAUUAUGUUUUCAAUCAAUCAAACUCUCAAACUGAAAAUCAAUCGACACUUCAAUUUUAAUGGCACACACUUCAAAAUUCAGCACUUAUGUGUUUGUUGUGAGCUUUUAAUAGUCAGUUCAGAAAAUAGAUAUAAGCUAUCUGGAUACCCAAAGUUACUGCUGUGUGCCUGAGUCAGUGUUGAUGACUCCCAACUGGCCUUGGAAUAAAGUAGAACGGAUGGUUUGGAUUUUUUCAGUGGGGUUGUAUAAGGUAUUUAUCCAUAAUCAGUGUGUUACCUAUAGCAGAUGGCGGUCUGCACGCCCCUAAUUUCGAGAAGAAGGCAGGAGUACCGACACAGAUGCUAAGCAAUGUACUGCUUUUCAAUAUCAGUUUAAGUGUACACUAUAUUUAGGAUCUUUUCACUGGAUCUUUUUACCUUGCUGUCAGACAGACCUUUCUGACAGAGAACUAAGGCAAUUAUAUUCAUCUGUGCUCUCUUCACAGCCAUCAGAUUCCUUUGACAAAAACAGUCAUUUUAACUUAAAGAAAACAGGAGCCACUAGCCUACCACUGCCUCAAUCAGUUACUUUGUGUUAUUGCAUGACUUUGGUAUUUUCAAAGGUUAGUUUGGAUUCACCAAAGUCACACAAUAACACUAACUAAGUGAGUCUGGUGGCUUUGAAGAGAGUGAUAUACAGCUUCAGUUCCCUGUCAGAAAGUGUUGUCUGAUGGAUAGGUAAAGUGGUGAAAAUAUUCUAAAUAUAGCGUAUCCCGACUGUAUUAUUUAAUUCAGCUAAAAAUACAGAGGCUCACCUUACUAUUAAACUUGUAUGUAGUGCACAUCACAUGCCACCAGAGGUCAGUCUCUACUGGUAGGACUUUCUACCAUAGGGCUUUCAACAACAGCCCAGCAAUUACAGAGAGACCACAGGAAAAACAUCUAACUCCAUGAAAUAAGGGUUUAUUUUGACCAAACCAGAGUUGUGCUGCACACAAAUACUGGCAAAACAUGAAUUCAUAAAGUGUAUGGUUGAAUUUCUCUGUUUCAUAAGGGUAAUAUGUUUAAGAAUAUACCUAUCUUGACAUUUUGUGAAUUUAUAUUGUUUAUUAGGCUGAAAAAGCUGAGAGAGCUUGUGAAAUGUAGUGACCUCACUGGUUGGGGAAUGGGGCUGGGGGUAGGUUGUGCCAAGGGCUUUCUACUAGAAUGGGAAUUCUUGGUUAUGGUUAAAGAAAAGUCUUGGUUUGGGCUUGCUGGGACAAUACCUUCCAACACUUAUGCCAUGUGCUCAUAUAACCCCACCUCAAAAAAUACCAACUAUCCCUUAAAGUGACUCACUUGAACUAAGACAGAGCUGUUCCAUUUACUCAAAGCUAGUCUUUUCGCACCCCACGGUCGUAUCAAAGACGAAGUGGAAGACUAUGUUAUUCGACAGAUGUUACAGCAUGACUGGAUACAAAAAGGCAAAUUUGGGUCUGUGUAGGUUCAAAACGUUUUAGCAAACAAGCUUAGACAAGCCAAAUAGACACAAUCUGCCCCAAGACAAAAGCAGACAUACAAAGGUUGGUGGGUAACCUGUGAAGACAGUCAAAACACCCAUAAGCUAAAGUGCAAACCAGAUAUACAAGGGGUAAAUGUUUCGUUUCUAUCUGCCCCAUGCUGGUAAACGUAGCUUACUGUAGCAUGACUGAACAAUUUAGAGGCACAGGUAGCUUCUCAAAUAUGUAUAUUUACUGCUUAUUAAAUAAAUAAAUAAAUGAAUAAAUAUGCUUAUUCACUGAAAUGCCUGAAAUCCAUAACUUACUGCAACUCACUAUAAUGAAGAGUAAGCUAGCUUUUAAUAAGUCUUGCUGAUUUCCUUGUGUUCUUUUUAUGUGUUACAACAAGAAUUACUUGAACUCUUUGCUGAAAACUUGGGAUUUGGUGGCAUGACUGUAACACUGCGUGAACAAAUCAUACAUGGGUUCUUCCUUUUUAUGUUGACCAUCAAAUUCAUUUUACAUACUCAAUUAAUCCUCAGGAAUGUUUAAAGUGAGAUACGGAUGCUACAAACUGAGUGCUGCUGGUAAAUCUUGGCUCCCUGAAAAUGAUGUUACCAACCGACCCUCUUGAAUUUUAUUCCAUAAAACUCCUCUUUAAGCUAACUUACUUUUUCCUGUUGCUUAUUCAAACAAACAUACUGUACAUUUUUUUCCAUGAUGGAGAACUACUGAUUGUACAUCUUCUGUGGUAGAUGUCACUACUGUGUGAUGUAAGGGCUGAAAAUGUUAGUUACUGUAGAAACUACAGUCUGUUAAUGAACUUUGGAAAAAUGUUACAUUUAAAAUGAAAAAAAAAAUGUAGAAAAUGGACUUUACAUAUAUAUGUAUCUCCUGAUGCUGUGUUUAUUCUGAUAAAUAUGAACAUUUGUGUUUUUUAUUUGCAAACUUGAGAUGAAAUAAAUUAC